AUGGAUGAAGAAUCUAAAAUGAUGGAUCACGGAUAUUAUAAACUUGAAAUAUGGAAAGCUGAAAUUAAAACUAAAAUGAGAAGUGCUUUAAGUGAACUUAAUGUUAUGCACAAAGAUAAAUUAGAUACUUACGAACAGGAUUUUCAAAACAUGCGUUUGGCAAUGCCAAGUAAAACUUUAAAAGCUCCCAUUGAUAUUUUAAAAAUAACCAACACUACAAUUAUAAUUUUUAAAGAUAGUGACCAUCUAAGAAAUAUUUUACUUGGUUUGAAUCCUCCAGAAAAUCAAGAAAAUGCAUCAAGUAUUUUAUCAACAAUGUCUAAAAGAACUACCAGAAGAAGAUCAAAAUCUGCUAGUGCUUUCAAAACUGUUAGAAAAAGUCAUAGAUUGAGAUCUACAUCUGUUGAUGCCUAUAAAACACCAAGAACAAGAGUUAGAUUAUCAUCGAUAAUGUCCAAUAAAAAGUAUACAGUUUCAAAACCGACAAAACAAAAUCAAAUCGAUAAUGCCGGAGUAAAUGUAAAAAGAAUAAUGAAGCCAGAUGAAGUUGCCAUUUCUACUUGUGGAAGUCCCUUAUAUGUUGCUCCCUGUUCCUUAGGUGCACCUCAUGUAUUAAAUAUUGAACCUAAAGAACCUAAAGAACCAUUAGAAGUUCAUGGAUUGGAUGCUAAAACGAAAAGUCAGUUGAAAAUAUUAUGCGAACAGUUACAGAAACUUUAUUAA